GAGGCGGCCUCCGUGCCUCCGGCGGCUUCACGCAGGAAGCCGAGAGUUCGGUGCUUUUCGAGCACUGCUCGGCACAGUUCGGCGGUGGCCUCUUCACUCAGAGCUACCAGCAGGAACCUGGGAGUUCAGCGGUUUUCGAGAACUGCAUGGCAGCCAUGAAUGGUGGCGGCGUCUGCUUGCAGAGUGGUGGGUUCCGCCAGGGUCCCAACAGCUCGGCGCACUUCCGGAGCUGCGCGGCCGUGAGGGGAGGAGGCAUCUUCGUGCCGCAGGACAACAGCUACCAGCAGGAAUCCGGGAGUUCGGCAGUGUUCCAGCACUGCACUGCAACGCAGCGAGGCGGCGGCCUGUUCACUGAAGGAAGCUUCUCCCAAGAGGGUCCGAGCACCGUGGUCUUCGAGGGCUGCACUGCGGACGGAGAUGCCGGCUGCGCGUAUGCGAGGAACGUGA